CUUGUGAGUGCGUUUCGCAAUUGUGAAACGUUAUUAAUGCGUGCUGGAGCGAGCGAUAGCGAAGUGGCGACGUUUGACAAUUAUAUUCGAACGUCACUGGAGCGAGAAAUAAUUCAACCGCUUUGUCGAGAUAUUGAGACAGAUUUGAGGUUGCAUCUUCAUUCUGCGCGCAUAGCAGGCGUCAUGAACACGAAUCCGUUCAAGGAUGGCGUUCGAGACUUGUCGUUGUUCACGAAUCUGCCGCCAAUCUACACGUUGAAGCACCAGAUCGACAUUCGUAAUCGCGUCGAAGGUUAUUUAAAUCAGACCUUCCACAAUCACACGGCGAUUGCUCUUCAUAACUGGAAGUCUUACGUGGAAAUGAGAAAUCUUGCGAUAGAAAAGUACGGCUUACGCUGCGCCGAGAUUGAGCUUCCGAGCCAGACGCUCGAACAAGGCUUGGAUGUGUUGGAGCUGAUGCGCAAUAUCCACGUCUUCGUGUCGAGGUACAACUACAACUUGAACACACAGUGCUUUGUCGAGAAGGCGAGCGCGGCGCUCGAUCGCAAGCAUCUGAACACCAUAAGUAUUCGGCAUGUCGCCAACUCUAUCAGAACGCACGGAACGGGCAUCACGCACACGACCAUCAACUUUGCCUAUCAGUACCUGGCGCAAAGAUUUCAGAUUUUCAACCAGUUUCUCUUUGACGACCACAUCAGAAGUCAACUCAUGAAAGAAGCUCGAAUGCAAGCAGGAUAUCGCGCAUCGACUGUGGACGAAAAGUUUGAGUACCCAGUCGAACGCGCCCUUCGAGUGAUGCGCGACAUUCGAAAGCUCGGUUUAUCGAAGGACGGCUCUUCGUUCAUCGACGAGUUCCGUGUGUUAGUGACUGAAAUCGGUAAUGCGCUCGGUUUUGUUCGCAUGGUUCGUCUCGGUGCGAUGCACUACAGCACCAACGCCGCCAAGUUUGUACCGAGUGCGCGCGGGUCGAAGUUCGCCCUCGAUGAGAGCCUCGACGCCGACGGUUUGUCCGAGUGGACAAAGACGGCACUGAAAAAUCUGCAGAGUGAAUUAAAAGCCUUAAGCACAGGCGGUACCGAUGGUACUGACUAUUUUCAAGUCCUCGUAUCGGUUUUUUCGACCGAGCUUCGAAAGGGUCACGAACACCUAAAAGACUUUUACUUGGUGCUUCCAGCGCUCACGAUGAGCGCCGCUGAAACCAUCCUGGCUUCAAAAGACAAGCUCGUGCGACGUGGUAAAGAUUCACAGACCGCCACUUUCACCGAUGAUGGUUUAGCACUUGGGAUCGUGUACCUGCUGAGCGUCCUCGAUCAACACGAAGCCUUCGAUGCGCUGCAUUGGUUUGAGUCCGCCUCGCACCACUUCGAAGCGGAG